AUGGAACCACAAUUUAAAGUUAAAAUCGAUAAUGAUUCAGCUAGAAUUUUAAAAGAAUUAGCAGAAAAAAAGAGAGAUGAAGGUCUUCGUGUUGUUUUCAUUGGUCCACCAGGUUCAGGUAAAGGUACUCAAGCACCAUUAGUUAAAGAAGAUUAUUGUUUAUGUCAUCUUUCAACUGGUGAUAUGUUAAGAGCUGCCAUUGAACAAGGUACUGAAACAGGUAAACAAGCUAAAACAAUCAUGGAUCAAGGUGGUCUUGUUCCAGAUGAAGUUAUGGUUAAUAUGAUUAAAGAAAAUAUUCAAACUCCUGAAUGUAAAAAAGGUUUCAUUCUUGAUGGUUUCCCAAGAACUGUUCCACAAGCUGAAAAACUUGAUAAAAUGUUAGCAGAAGAUAAUAAAAAGAUUGACCAUGUUUUAGAUUUUGCAAUUGACGAUUCCUUAUUAGUUAAACGUAUCACUGGUAGACUUGUUCAUCCAUCAAGUGGUAGAAGUUAUCACAGAGAAUUCUUCCCACCAAAGGUUGAUAUGAUUGAUGAUAUUACUGGUGAACCAUUAAUUCAAAGAUCAGAUGAUAAUGAAGAAGUUUUAAAGAAAAGAUUAGAAUCAUUCCAUAAAAACACAACACCAGUUUUAGGAUAUUACCAAAACAAAGGUAUUCUUUCAACAAUUGAUGCAUCAAAAUCUGCACCAUUCGUAUCACACACUAUUAAAUCAAUUUUCUUAAGUACUCUCCACUUCCCACACAAUGCUUCAAUUUUCAAAACUUUCCAUCAAAAAAUGAAAAUGCAAGUUCACUCAACUGAAACUCCAUUAGCUGCCGAAAUUCUUUAA